AUGUCAACCCCGCUGGCAAAACCACAAAUAAUUGCACAUAUUCAGAAAAGCUUGAACUACACUGUAUUCGACUCAAAGUGGAUCCCGUGCAGCGCCAAGUUUGUCUGUUUAGGUAACUUUGCAAGAGGAACUGGAGUCAUUCAAAUAUAUGAAGUACAACAUGGGGAGGCUCAACUUGUGAAGGAGAUCGAGAGACCUAAGCCGAUAAAAUGUGGUACAUAUGGGGCCACUUCACUUCAGCAAAGACACUUGGCAACGGGAGAUUUUGAUGGAAAUCUUAACAUUUGGGAUCUGGAGACCCCUGAAAUGCCAGUUUACUCAGCCAAAGCCCACAAAGAGAUAAUUAACUGCAUUGAUGGAGUUGGGGGCUUAGGGAUCGGGGAUGGAGCCCCAGAGAUUGUCACUGGCAGUAGAGAUGGCACAGUUAAGGUAUGGGAUCCCAGACAAAGAGGUUCACCUGUUGCCAACAUGGAGCCUAUGGACGGAGAGACCAAGCGGGACUGCUGGACAGUUGCAUUUGGCCAUGCUUUUAAUGACCAAGACCGCUGUGUUUGUGCUGGCUAUGAUAAUGGCGAUAUCAAACUUUUUGACCUGAGAAACAUGUCUCUGCGAUGGGAAACAAACAUUAAAAAUGGGGUUUGCUGUGUAGAAUUCGACAGAAAAGACAUAAACAUGAACAAGUUGGUGGCUACCUCACUGGAAGGAAAAUUUCAUGUUUUUGACAUGAGAACACAGCAUUCUACCAAGGGCUUUGCCUCAGUUUCGGAAAAGCUGGAGGAGCAGGAAACUUGCAUCUUUGGAAGUACGAGUAUCCGGCACAUAGAAGCAAAAAGGACUCUGACGGUGUAG